CCGGAAGCCGGCUGGCCGCUCAUACGCAGCUCCGGUUCAAGGAUCUUAGGUCGAUUGAGCGGAGGCUGACAUGGCAGAGCUGCUGUAACAUCACCCUCCUAUACAAGGAAGAGAAGAGCGAGCAGCCUGGAAGCACACUGUGGAAGAAGACUAGCAAUCUGGUGAGUGCAGUGAAAGCAGAGUGCAAAUUGUCUGAAGGCUAGCCGCCUGCGUGCGGACUACUAACCACCGUGUUAGGUGCUGUGGAAAUGCAUAUGUAAUAUCCCACAAACGAGGAUUCCUGGAGUUUAAAGCUUCUUAAAUGAUCCAGAAAACCAGUCCUCCGCUGCUCCAGGCUCAAGAUGUAGGAGACAAGAUGGAAACACUAAUGAUGCAUCCAGUGCUAAAGGCCUUUGUGUGCGGUUCCAUCAGUGGGACCUGCUCCACCCUUCUCUUCCAGCCCCUAGAUCUGCUUAAAACCCGGCUGCAGACCCUGCAGCCUUCCAUCAGUGGGUCAGGUCAUGUUGGGAUGGUAGCUUUGUUCAUUAGGGUUGUUCGCACUGAAAGCCUCCUAGGGCUCUGGAAAGGGGUCUCACCAUCCUUCGCAAGAUGCAUCCCUGGGGUCGGGAUUUACUUCAGCACCUUGUACAAGAUGAAACAGUACUUUCUCUCAGACCGCUCCCCCACAGCCCUAGAGUCUGUCCUUCUGGGCAUUAGCUCCCGAACAGUAGCAGGUGUUUGCAUGUUGCCCAUAACCGUGGUGAAGACACGGUAUGAGAGUGGGAAGUAUGGCUAUGAGAGUGUGUAUGGAGCCUUGAGGAAUAUCUAUCGGACAGAAGGGGCCCGGGGCUUGUUCUGUGGGCUGACUGCAACGCUCCUGCGUGAUGCACCCUUUUCUGGCAUCUAUCUGAUGUUCUAUACCCAGACCAAAAGAGUUAUGCCUCAGGACCAGUUUGAUCCAGCACUCACCCCCUUAGUGAACUUCGGCUGCGGAAUCUUUGCUGGAAUCCUGGCUUCAUUGGCGACACAGCCUGCUGAUGUAAUCAAAACCCACAUGCAGCUGACACCUGAAAAAUACCAGUGGACAGGGCAGGCCAUUGCCUCAAUCUUCAAGGACUAUGGACUAGUUGGCUUUUUCCGUGGUGGUGUCCCCCGUGCCUUGCGGCGCACUCUGAUGGCAGCGAUGGCAUGGACUUUAUAUGAGCAGAUGAUGGCAAAAAUGGGGCUGAAAUCCUGAAGGACUUGCAGUGGAGGAGACCAGCCUAAACCCUUCAUGUCUCACCAGCUGAUCCAGGUGAGUAGGAGAUUUCCCAGUUCUGCGGGGGUGGAUCUUUGUUCCACUGUGGUAAAGCGAUAAUGAUUUCUGAUCCAGGGGACCAGGCUGCAAAACACACCCUCUCUGACACAGAUGCAAGUAGGGGAGAGAAGGUUUUGACUUUUUGCAUCUUCAGAGUAAAGCAUUCCAGGAGGACCGUUUCAUUCAACUUCCUUGGAAGAUGGGAGGGUUUCAGUAUCCUAUGAAUUUACAUGGUUACGGUAAAGGCUGUUGAAAGAAACCCCUUCAGAAUAGUCCUGUGUGCCCUGAGAAACUUUUGCACAGAAGCCAUCUGGGGAAGAAGUGAUUGGACUUGGACUAUAGAACUCAGCAACUUUCUACCCUGGUGGUGUACCCAGUCUACGAUCCCAGGUCAUGUGCCAUCUGACACUCGUCCUGUUAUCUGUCAGUGUCUUUUGCUUCUGCACCCAGAGGGAAGGCAUGGAGGAGAAUGCUACAAGGGGACCAGUGUAACCAUUUCUUUCAGAGUUUGCUUAAUGUAUUAAUACAUGUAUUUGAGUGAUAGAGGGGGAAAUGUAUGGCUGAAAGGAAUGCUGGGAAAUGCAGUCUUACCAUACCUUGCACAGGAGCUUUGAUGUUGGAUAAAGUAGCUGGGAACCUAACUGACAUCUCCGUUAUGGCUUGUAGCAAAGGCCUUUACGCUUCUACCCUUGUGCUUUAGGUUGUAUUUCCCACAGCAUGACCCAGUGUCGUGGCAGAAGACAUUUUUCCACUGGCUUUAUUCUUUGUCUAUAGGCAUUUAUUAUGCCUACCCACAUGACUACCAUGGCUAGGCAAAAGCACUGACUGUCUUGAAAUAUGACUUAGCUAAGAGAGAUGGAAGGCCAGAAAAUGGACUUGAGAAAUAGUCUCUUUUGAAACUCCAUUUGCAGCCUUUCUGUAUCGGCUGUUUUUCUUGCACUGUUUAAAUUGAACUGUAGCUUUGGACCAUUAUCCAGGUUUAACUGCAAUGAAUGUAAAUGUGUCUAUAAUAAAACAUAUGCAAGAAGGUUGUAUUCUA